AGGGCGCAGCGGGUUCAUUAUGUUUAUCAUUAGCACUGAAGCUGGACGGAGCGGUGAUGGUUUAGCGCAGCGGUCAGCCGCGGCCGAGCGUGGGAUGUUACGCUGGAUGGUGCACCUGGAGGGCGGCCCGCGGAGGGUCAACCACGCGGCGGUGGCGGUCGGACACAAGGUGUACUCGUUCGGAGGAUACUGCUCCGGAGAAGACUACGAGACCCUGAGACAGAUCGACGUGCACGUCUUCAACACCGAGUCUCUGCGCUGGACGAAGCUGCCGCCGGUGCGCACCGGAGGACGGGAGCACGCUCGGGAGGUGCCCUACAUGCGCUACGGACACACGGCGGUGCUGGUGGAGGAGGCGGUGCUGAUCUGGGGCGGCCGGAACGACACCGAGGGCGCGUGUAACGUGCUGUACGCCUUUGAUGUCACUCAGCACCGCUGGUUCACUCCCAAGAUCUCCGGGACGGUCCCAGGGGCCAGAGACGGACACUCAGCCUGUGUUCUGGGAAAGGCCAUGUACAUCUUCGGCGGAUACGAGCAGCUGGCCGACUGCUUCUCCAAUGAGAUUCACAAGCUGGACACCAGCAGCAUGUGCUGGUCAAUAGUGAGCGUUCGGGGCACUCCGGCUCGAUGGAGGGACUUCCACUCUGCUACUAUCAUCGGCACCAAGAUGUUUGUGUUUGGAGGAAGAGCGGAUCGAUUCGGCCCCUUCCACUCCAACAACGAGAUCUACUGCAAGAAAAUCAAGAUCUUCGACACGGAGACAAACUGCUGGCUAAACACAGCGUCUGCACAGCUGCUGCCCGAGGGACGCAGGAGCCAUUCUGCCUUUGCUUACAAUGGAGAAUUGUACAUAUUCGGUGGUUAUAAUGCUCGUCUGGAUCGACACUUCAACGACCUCUGGAAGUUCAAUCCAGAGGCGUUCUCCUGGAAGAAGCUGGAGCCGAAGGGCAAAGGCCCGUGUCCCAGACGGAGACAGUGCUGCUGCAUGCUGGGAGAUCGCAUCGUCCUCUUCGGAGGAACCAGUCCGUGUCCGGAGCAGGGGAUGGGCGACGAGUUCAACCUCAUGGACCAUUCGGACCUGUACCUCCUGGACUACAGUCCUAAUCUGAAGACUUUAUGCAAGCUAGCAGUUAUUCAGUACAGUCUGGAGCAGUCUGGACUCCCUCAUGACAUCAGGUGGGAGCUGACAGCCAUGACCACCAACAGUAACAUCAGCCGGCCCAUAUUCUCCUCCCACGGCUGACUGCGCGUCAGAACCAGCGCCAGAACUCUUUCAGGACGUCCCUCUCCACAGAUGAUCCGGAUUGAAGCUUCUCGAUUGGAGUGGUCUUUCCCUGCCGGGCUGUGGCGCGGACGAGCGGCGCUUUGCUAGUCUGAUUUUGCCACUGUUGAACUUGAUUCCUGCUGAGGAGAAACAGACCUUCACACUCUUAAAUCAGUCCAAUUAUUCAUCAGUGUUACAGUGUUUUAAUGAGGUUUUGGAGUGAAAUGAAGAUCAUUCAGCCUGUAAUCUGUCAGUUCUCUGCUUGUGUUCAGAUCGCUCCGUCGGGUUUAUAUGCAGGACUCUGUUAGGGUUCCACACGUGCUCUUACAUAUCGAACGCAGAGAGGAUGUUCAGAGAAGAGGAGACGUGUCUUGAGUUCCUCUUCUUUUAACUCGACUGGUUUUCUGGUUACCCACAGUGCUUCUGACUAUAAAUCCUGACUCAACAAUCAAUAGAAACGAAGAUAUUCCCUCUGCAUGCGUUGUCCUGUUAAAUCACACUCCGCAGAUCUGCUGGCUGACAGUAAAUACUUUCUGUCUUUAGACUGUCUUAGGUCUCAAAGAGUGGAAAGAGUGGUAAUGAUGUUAUAAGCUUUUCAUAAGGUCACACCGAAAGAUGUUUGACAUCGAUGCGAAUCAACACCGAUCAAAUAACCUGCCUCUGGUGUUUUCCAGCAAACGCGGCCGAAUCAUGUUGAGUUUCUCCAGGUUCACAUCUUUCACACACAGACUGGAUUUCCAGAGAUGUAUUAAAAAUGAUCCAUUACUGCAGUUUUUUAGCAUCGCUUUAUAUUUCAUCUGAAUCUUUACUGAUCUGCAGAAUAUUGAUAGAUACUGAGGUGAAGCUCAUGUAGACGUCAGUAUUCGUGCGUCUGCCGGGUGACCAUGGCCUUUAUUUGAGUCUCGUCCAGUGCCUGACUUAUUGUUCAGAGCGUCAGAAGGUCUGCAAUCAAAGUGCUCAAAGUCUUUUGGGUUUUAAAGGCUUCUGGUCCAGAUGGAUUUGAAGCGUUUUAUUUGAGAUUUUAUUGAUUGUGUGUGAAUAUCUGACAUUGAACUGUCAUAAUGAAUAUUGUGCAAACAGACCGCAUCAGAAAAUUCAACGUUUUCCCUCAUUAUAAACCAUGAUUUGAAUAAACUGACUCGAAACAGUCUCGAAAUGAAACCAGAUGAAGCUCAAGUCUUUGUUUGGAUCAAAUGUGUUUUCAUGCGGAUCUGUAGCUCAUGCAGACGGACGGUCAGGAGAAGAAAGAGGUGAUGGUUUAGUGAUGUCUCUGUGAUGCUGUCAUGGUCUGACAGACACGUGCUAAUAUAGUCAUGUUGUCUAUGUAGUGAAUGAGAGGAAGAGACUAUCGUGUAUGUUCUGAUUGCACAAGUACUUCUCUAGAUUAGUGUAAAUGCCUGGGUUCUGAGGCGCUUUGAAUCGUGUUGGGCUGCUGGUGUGUGAAGGAACCGACACUGAGCUGCAGACGUGAUUCCUGCAUGCUGGAUCAAUCUUUUCCACGACUUACUCGACUUGUAAACGGGUUUUUAGUGGGAUCUUGAACUUCCUGAACAAUAAAACUGACGAUAAUUUUGCUUAUUGUCUGCUUAAAUGUACCGUGUGAAGUGUUGUGUGUGUGUGAUAUAAAAAGCACAUUGAGAACUGCUUCCUGAACACAAAUUUGAGAAGACGUGAUUAAAUAAAAUAUUUAUUUCUCCAAAAUGAAAAAUAUUUCUUUAAUCCACAGUUUUAGACAUCCCGAGUUUGGCGCUUUUGCAGUAUUAUUCUGAUUA